CUAUUGGGAUAAGUCAACCAGCUUACCCUAUUGAAAUAAGUGAGCCAGAUGCUCAGGAAGCUUACAAGAAAGCACUUGAAGCAGGAAGUAAAGAGAUCCACCGCACACGGCUCAUGAUUGUUGGUCAAGAACGGGUUGGGAAAACAAGCCUGAUGAGGAAUCUUACUCGUCAAAGUUUCAACAGGAAUGAAUCAUCAACAGAAGGCAUCACGUCAUCAUUAAUUUGCAACAUAGACAUCCAACAUGCAACAUCUUGGCGUCUGCACCAGGAAGGAGGUGAGUCCAAUGACCCAACCAGCUUUCAACAGGAAUACAAGCAGGGUGUGGCCAGUGAAGUGGACUACAAUAUCAAUCAGAAAGUGAUGGAACAACUUCUAGCUCAUGAAAAACUAAUACGGAAUGCCUCAGGCGAUGCAGGAUCAGAACCACUUUCUUCACAAGGACAGGCAGCAACACAUACUGAAGCAGACAAAAUCAAGAAAAAAAAGUUGAGGAGAAGACAAGAAUCCGGCAACAUGGAGGAGCCAAUAGUUCUGAGCAUCUGGGACUUUGCUGGUCAAGAUUUAUAUUACACUACCCAUCAGACAUUUCUGUCUUCCCGGGCCAUCUAUGUGGUGGUGUUCAAUCUCUGCCAUGAUCUCAACAAACCAGUUCCUGAUUGUUCUUCAACUGCGCAGCAGGGACAGGCAAUGACCCCCAUUCAGUAUCUGGAUUUCUGGAUGCGUUCCGUGUACACCUACACCAAGGAGAACCCUUCCCAAGUCAGACUGGACCAGAAGUCCCCACCAAUCUUCUUAGUUGGGACUCACAGAAACAGCGUAGGGGGAGAGGACAUGCCAGACAAGGAACGCAAAGUCCUGAUAAAUGACAUUUUCACUCACAUAAGAAAAGAGCUGUGCACCAAGCCAUACUGGAGGUUCGUGGUGAAUGAUUUUUAUGCCAUAGAGAACUCUCUCCCAUCAAACAGCAAAAAGAUCUCCCACUUACGAGAUCACAUAGAGGCCACGGCAAGAAAAGAGCCCUACAUGGGUGAGGAGAUCCCUCUGCGCUGGCUCAAGUUUGAUCGGAACAAAAUGACAGAGGUAGCCAUCCGAUCCGCGCGCGGCACAGAGACACCCGUCCUGAACUUGAAUCAGAUAAAGAAGGCCUUUGGUGUUGAAGACGAAACUGAACUGUUGACGAUGCUGAAGUUCUACCAUGAUCUUGGCCACAUAAUAUACUUUGGAGGGGACGGUGACAAGAAAAGCCAGGCGCUGAAAGAUGUGGUCAUUCUGGAUCCGCAGUGGCUGAUUGAUGUCUUCAAGAAGGUCAUUACAGUUACGCCCCCUCAAAGACAGAUGACUGAUCAUGUCCAGUCUUGGAAUCGCCUCAAGGAAGAUGGCAUUUUGGAGGAUAUACUUAUCCGCCACAUGUGGCAAGACAUUCUUCCUAAGAAACAGGCUCUUCUGGAUCUGAUGGGCAAGUUUGACUUACUCUGCGAACGAGUCGAUCAGCACAAUGAUCCCACUAGCCCUACCGUUUCUUACUACGUGCCCUCGAUGCUGCAGAAGCGGUUCUCAGUCAGCCAGGAGAGUGACAAGCAGGACAACGCCAGCGUGUUUUUUGUGGAUUUUCAAGGAUUCCUUCCAGAUGGAUUGUUUCAUCGGUUGGUUGUACGAGCGUUGCGAUGGUCUCAGGAUCUGGGAGGAAAAGAUCCCAAUCUGCAGUAUGAACGUGGAAGUUUCUAUGUUGAUGUCCAACACGAGUUUGCGCUCCAACUUGCUCGCCAAAACAACCUUGCCUUCAUAAAAGUGAGUGUCAUGCGUGCACAAGUCGUCCAUACAAGACCUUUCAAACAACAAAAGACAACUGGGAAGAAAACACCAUCACCAGAUAUCACCAAAAAGGUCCAUGAUUUUGUAGAAGAAAAUCUACAAAACCUAAAAGACAUGUGGAUCAAGCGAAUCAAUUACACUCUCAGCGUUGAAUGCCCGUGCCAGCGCGGCUCACUUCACUUGUUACCUCUGGACAAGUGCUUGGAGAAUCCGGAGGUUUCCUGCAGGAUUGAGAAGUCACCUCAAAAAGUGAUCCCAACAAACCCAUUCCGAGCCAUGUUCAACCAGGAAAGCUCUGAGGAAGAACCGACAGCUAUUGAGGACAAGCAACCGUUUAGGUUCAUCCACCUGAGAGAGAUAGCUAAAGAGCUCGGUGGAGAAUGGGAGAGGUUGGCCACUUACCUUGAUUUCACACCGGCAGAAAUAUUCACGUUUAAGGCAGAUCACCCAGGUAGUGUUGGCGAUGCAAUUUUCUCCAUGCUUACAAACUGGAAGCAGAGGUUCAAGGGAGGAGACUCCGAAGUGGUGAAGAUGAAGAAACAGAUGGCAGAGGCACUUGGAAAAAUUGAUAAAAACGAACUGGCUGGUAAGGUGCAAAAAUACUAAAACAGUUACCAGCCCUACAUUUGUACUUCCGGUAGUGUACAGUGGAGAGCCAGAUCGAAUGGCAGAUUCAUGGGGUGAUCGAUUGGGCUAUAUACGCCCUCCCCCAUACUCCCCACUCCCCGCCCUAUACCAUCAGUAUGACCAAUGUUGAUGAUUUAGGUAUAUUUUAAUGGAAAGUUCUGACCUUUUUUUAAGUUUAGAGAAAGAAUAAGGUCAUACAACAUUGUGAAUCUUAAGUAAAUGCUUAAAUCCUGUAGUCUGUCUAUGCAUCGACUUCAACACCUCGGCCAGUAACUAAAUAAAAAAAAAAAAAAAAAAUCCUUGACCUUCCACUGGACUGGGAUUGGGGCUGUGUUGGGGAUCAACUUCUACCCCCUGCCAUUCCCCCUGCCCCUCCCUUCCCCGGUGGAAGGGGGGGGGGGGGGCUGAAGCCAAUAGCGCUUUUAUAAAUAUGUUACCUGUGGGUAACCUACUUGAGAGUAAUGUAUGUCUUAAAGGUUACAACAACAUCGAUCUUACUUCAAGGUUUUUUGUUUGUCCUGUUAGAAGUUCUACUUAAUAGAUUAAGACAUGAUGGGAAGUAUAAAAGCAAUAGUUUUUUUAUCAAACCAUUGCUGAUCAAAGUUGCCACAGUAUGCAGGCUAUCUUGUUAUACUUGCUACUCAUUUUUAGCUCAUUGCAGUACGAGUAAACAGCUCCCAUUUUACCAACACGUUAAAUGUUUCCCUUUUUGAUACAACUCGGUGUAUAUGUGUCCUGUACAGCAGUACUUUAAUCACACCAGUUUAGUAUUUCAUCCUCAUAUGCUAUGCCAUCACAAAUAUAUUUAAUAUGUCAUGAUGCCGAAUAUAUUCUGAAGUAGUUUAAGAAAGGUCAUCGACCAGCUGCAGUAUGCUGAUGUGCCUAUACCUCAGAAUUAAAGAAAUAUUUUACUGUAUGUCUUAUGGAUUAUUGUUAUGAGUUUGAAUGAAAUAAUAUUAAGAAGACAAACGCAACCUCAUAAUGAUGCUAAUAUAAUUCUUAUCUUGGAACAGUCAUUUUAUUCUUGUAACUAACGUAAUCAAACUGAGUAUUUUCGCUGUAAUACAACAUGGUUGUAAAAAAAAUGAAUCCACAUAUAGGCCUAGGCCUAUUUUAACAAUAGUUUUGGAUGGCUAUAUUAUAUUUCACAGUCUAAUGUAAUUAAUUAUGUCAUACUGUCAAACAUGCAUUAGAUAUGCAUUUGAAUCUGUUUUAGAUAAGCUGUUUAAGAAAGAUGUAUGACACUUGUUACAUGCUGUAAGGAUGAUGUGCCUUUACUGUACAGAGACAUUUUUUUAAUGUAUAUAAUCUGGUGAAUGAUUGUUUUGAUGUGUGUUCAAGAAAACAUUACAGCACAGAAAACUUAAUUUCAACUGGAAACGCAGUGUCCGUUAUUUAGAAACAAUUAAGCUUUACAGGGUGAGUAAAAAGACCCCGAAACCCAAAUGUUGGGACUA